CUACAGGAACUGGCCGAAGUGGACAAGAUUUUCGUUAUAGAAGUAUUUUCUGGUUGUGUCAGGCAUAGAAGAAUAUUAGAUGUAACGAUUGAUCGCUUUUACUUAAAAGAGGGCAAAACAUGUCUAAGAGCUUAUCAAAACUUGUUCAAAGCGUUAUGUUAUAUUGCGUGCUUCAGAAUGAAUGAAAUCGGUAUAAGCACUUAUUCAAAGUUGGUCAUGUCACAAGAUCCAUACAAGAUGAUGAAAUUUCUAACUUAUUUAUUCAACGAAACUUAUAUUAAUACUUGGCUAUGUGAUGAGUGGAGUAAAACUUACGAUCCAGACUAUGUUCAGGAAGAACUGGUUGCUCCAAUGCUAAAGUAA